AUGAUCUUAAAAAGGCUGGACCAUGCCUUUGCUACUCCCUUAUGGCUGGAGCUUUUCCCAGCAACAAGGGUGCAACACGUACUCUCCAAUGCUUCUUACCACAACCCCAUAAUCAUCAAACCCGAAGGUAUUGUGUACUGUACCAAUAAACCCUUUCGCUUUGAGAGCUUGUGGAUGAAAGAGGAUGGUUGUAGUAAUACAAUAAUUGAUGCUUGGGGAUUUCCAUCAUAUGAAAGUAACAUGGUUCUGGCUUCGUCAAAAAUCAAGCAUUGUGGGUCGAAACUGGCUAAAUGGAGUCAGUCCUCCUUUGGGAGCAUAAAAAGGCAAUUAGUUGAGGCUUCAAAAAUGCUGGGGCUAGCUGAGGAGGCAGCAGCUAAAGGUGCACCAUAUGAUCAGGACCUCUUCACCACUAGCAGUCCUGAUGAGAGCCAUUCCAUUUUUGAGUCAAUUCUGCCAGUGGUGACUGUGGAUAUGAACAGAGAACUAAUCCGUAGCUUCUCAAGAGAUGAGGUGGAAGCAACUCUCAAAUCUAUGGAACCGUUCUCGGCCCCCGGACCGGAUGACGAUAGUCUUCUCUUCUGUAGGGCCUCAAUUCAGGAGUGCAAUCACAUUCAAGCCAUCCUAGUAGAUUACGAGGUAGUCUCAGGCCAAAAGCUUAAUAGGGACAAAACAACCCUAUUUUUCAGCAAAGCUACUUCCCCGGAUACUCAGGAAAACAUCAUUAAUCUGCUUGGGGUUUCUGUGAUAAAGCAAUAUGAGAAGUACUUGGGUCUUCCCUCAUUUGUGAGAAGGGGAAAAAAGGCGAGUUUUGCUUACAUAAAAGAGAGGGUGUGUUCCAAAUUGAAGGGUUGGAAGGAAAACCUCAUUUCCCAGGCUGGUCGGGAAGUCCUCAUAAAAGCAGUUAUCCAAGCCCUUCCGUCCUUUGCUAUGAGUUGCUUUAAAUUACCUUCCUCUCUCUGCCAUGAUAUCGAGGUAAUAGUCUGUAAAUUUUGGUGGGGCCAAAGAGGUGGCCGGCGGAAAGUGCAUCGGGUGAAAUGGCAUACACUGUGUCGAUCAAAACUAGAAGGUGGCAUGGGUUUUAGAGAGCUUAAUAAGUUCAAUGAUGCCCUACUGGCAAAACAAGAGUGGAGGUUAGCCACUAAUCAAGACACGUUGUGUUAUAAAUUUUUCAAAGCUAACUUUUUCCCUCACUGCUCUAUCUUUGAGGCAAAGACCAACAUGGGGUCCUUUGCUUGGAAGAGCAUUCUAAAGGGUAGAGACACCAUUCAAAAGGGCUUGAAGUGGAGGGUUGGGAAUGGUCGGUCUAUUAAAGUGUUCAAGGAUCAUUGGCUGCCUUGUGUGGGCUCGGAUAGAGUUCUAUCUCCACCCCUUGAUCAUGACCUGGACCUAAAAGUGGUAGAUUUAAUUGGCCAUGAGUUGCAUUGCUGGAAUUCAGAACUAGUGGGUGACAUCUUCCUCCCUUUUGAGGCCAAAGUGAUCAUAGCUAUCCCUUUGAGUCUUGUGGACACCCCGGAUAGGUUGUUUUGGCCAAUGAACAGGAGUGGAGCCUACUCUGUCAAAUCUGGGUACAAACUUCUAAGAGAGAGUGAUGACACUGAGACUCCGGGUACUUCAAACCAUUUUGGAAAUAGGGAAGUGUGGAAACAAAUAUGGAAACUCCAUGUCCUAAAUCACAUUCGCACCCUUCUCUGGUGUGCUUGCUGCGACUCCCUUCCCUCAAAGGCAAACUUGUUUGCUAAGCUCAAGGAAGUUACUUCGCCUCACACAUCCUUUAUGGAGCUAAUGCACUUAGACUUCAAGGAUCCCAGUUGCAUUGAGAUAUUUGCCAAUACCAUGUCUCUGAUUUGGAUGAAGAGAAACAGAGUUGCAUUCAGGGAUGUUGGGCUGAGCCUUGAAAAAAUCCCAGACUAG